AUGGAGCGGGAGUUUCGGCAUAGGGAGAAAUGGUUGAUCAAUUUUAGCGCACAGGUGGCGUACCGCUUGUGCGAUUACAUUGCUAAAGGGGAGAAAGAGAUGUUGGUCUCCAACAGAUUGAGGAGCAUUGCCGAUGUUGUCUUGGAGCGAGUGGCAGAAAUACUUGGAGAGCCCAAGCCGUCCCGCUCGCACCCGGGGCGCCUAGCUCGCUUCAUGGUGGCGAUAUCCGAUCGCAUCGCGGUCUGGAUUGAAAACGCCGUGUAUCGCGCCAACGCCCUCGAGUGCCGCGAUUCGGAAACCUUCGACGAGCACGUGCGCCUCGAUGGCGAUCAGACGCUCGUGCGC